AUGACCGAUAUAUCCCGCGCCGGCUUGCAGCCGCUCUCUCAUCUCAAGGCUGGGCCGACAACCUCUAGCUCAAGGUCCACCGCGCGGCCGUCCUCGACACAGCCUCCGUCGCGUCCUCCCUCCCGACUGCGCUCCAAGCGGGUGUCAAACAAAGAUGAUGUAGAUGCAGCCGGUGAAAAGGCUACUGUUGCCCUUAUCAGACGCGUCCUCUGCCCUCAGAAUGGCAGCUAUGGGGCGUCUUCUCCACAGUCUCCGGAAGAGCUGUUACCUCCUCUCACGAGCUCCAAUGACAUCGAUCGUCAGCUUUACGCCCUCCUCGCCAUUAUAAUAAAGGAGUUCGUGUACUCGUGGUACUCCAAAAUCACAUCUGACCAGGCGCUUGUGAAUGAGGUCCUACAAGUGAUUGCGCAUUGCACACGCGCACUUGAAGAAAGACUGCGCCAAAUCGACGUUGCACAACUUGCCCUGGACGAAAUACCAAUGCUUGUGGAAGCACAUGUACACUCGUACAGACUGGCUAGGCGACAGUCACAUUUGUCUGGUUUACCCACGUCACACCGUGUACUCUAUCAUGAGCUCAACCCACACCCUGGUCUAUCUCCAGUCCCUGAUGCGGCAGAUCCAGAUACGAUCACCGAGCAGAGUGAGAAUGAAUCAGCGCAUCGACGACUUCUGGCCAAUGGCAGUCUGGCGGUUUUGCUUCCUACCGAAGAUCUCGAGAACAGUAGUCUCCGAGCUUUGGUAGUCGAUGUCAUAGCUGACCUCAUAUUGGGGAAUCAAAUCAGCGGCCGGGCAUGCGAAGGGUGGUUCAUUUGGGAGACUAUCACCAAACUCGCCGUUCGAGGUGAAAAGAGCCAACCGGAUGACACAACGUCCGUCCCGGAGUCUCAAAUCAACCGAUUGGAGAAGUUUGGCCUUCUUUCGACCGAUGACGAGGUCCAGCCGGCGUCAGUGCCAGCCACGGCCUGGAUAUGGAAUUUUUUGCAACACAUCUACGUCGGUUACGUCGCCUUGCGUUUCAUUGUAGUAGGCCUCUUCCGUGUCGCAUCGAGUCCAGGCCCCUCGCACGGUGUCGGUGUCUCGGUUGCCGCUACGGCAGUCAAUAACCAAAAGAACGGUGGGAUCGAUUGCAAGGGAGCCACACGUAAGCGCCCAGUGCUUGACUAUCGGAUUUGUUCCAUGGUUUCGCAGAUACUUGGGGUUCCUCGGAGGAUGCCAUGGCUAAGUGGAUUCCUGGCACUUUUUCAGCACCUGAUUCUGGCAGGCCCAGGCAGGGUCGGUGGAACGGAUGGGAUUCUUGAUAGAUUCCUCCGGGAAACCAUUGAGGCGUACGUGCUCACCCCCACUUUGUUGCCCAACCUUCUUCGCGCAACAAGGACAGCCCUGUUCCCAGCCAAUGCCCGUCCAUCUCAGCCCGUGGAUAUUGGAGCUUCGGCUCCGCAGUCCGUGCAGACGUCCAGUGAGAAAGCCGUUGCGCCAGCACUUGAUGUCCCUAUUACGGAAGGAGUCAGGGGUAGUCAUCCCACUGGUCAGAAUAAUCCCAGGACUGGCGGCAAUAAUGGCGGACCAACAGCGCCAACAUCACUUGCUUCUGUCGCAGCCGACUCAACAUUGGACAAGCCGACCGAAACGGAAAAAAAGGCCCGUCCAUCGCAAACAGAGAUCGCCGCUAUUAAGCGGAGAUGUGCAGCUAGUCUGGUCGCUUUGAUGCCGCGUACCGUCGCACGAACUUUCUUCGGUGUCCCCUCGCCGGCAUCUCCGUCGCCCUAUAGCGGUGAUGGUACCUGCAGCACCAACAGCUCGCCCUACAUCGCCACCACUUCCCCACCCUCUAUCGGCGGGGAUGGAUCUUGGCCUCAGGGCAAUGAUCCGCAUGCGUCAUCGCACUCGGCGAUACCGACCCAUCCGGGCGCGGAGAGCGGUCAUAUUCCCGCUGAGCGGCUGCGCACAGACGACCAAUCCGUGGAGAUCGAUCUUGAGACGGUCUAUCUCAUGGAAAUAAUCGAGACCGAUCUGCUUGAUGUCUUUGCCGAUGAGUAUUGUAACAAGCAUCUGGUGUACUCCAUUCUCGAGGUAGUGUUGGCCAAAGUUCUCCCCGAGAUGACCGAAAACACUGUGGAAGACUUGAUGGCGGAUCGCGGAGUAUCAUCUGCGCCUCAUACCUUCUAG